AUGGCUGGGCCGGGAAGAUGGGAAAUGUUAAAAAUAAUUGCACACCUUACGCUAAUCCUGCUGACCGGUGACACCUGGCACCCGGCGGAGAGUAGGUCAGUUGGCACCCAGGAACCGGGGCCUGCAUUCCCGGAUGUGCAGCCGAACGCUGUCGCUAUCCCUCGUGUGGAGAUUGUUGCUGCCUUGACCGAUAUUGGGGACAAACUGUUGCUGUACACCGAGGGCAAUGGACGCCUGUUUAUCGUCGAUCGUCGCCAGAUGGAGUGCCACGAGCAGGUACACGUGUACGAACUGCCGCUGGAACCUACGGCCGUGUCGAAGGAGGACGAGCAGUACCUGAGAAGUGGCGAUAUACCGUGCUGGACGGUCCAAGGAUCGCCGGUGAUGAUCGCGCUAAAGGAUGGGGUUGAAAUGCAAACCAAUCACAGAAAUGACCCGACGCACCACACAGGAACGCGGAAUAAACGCAACAUCGAUGGAGAUAUUGGGGCAAACAGUUUAAAGCCAAUGAACGCCGAACGAAGUGGGACUAACGAUCAAAAAGAACUCCGCAUCGAGGGAUUUCGGAUCGAGCAUGCAGAAGUAGCGCCCGAAAUGGUAGAUGGAGUAACGUCCGUACGCGUUAAUUCACCGGUAAUGGUGCGUUUGUUUGGAAGGGGCAUUACGCCCGACACCGUCAUCGUAUUCACGCACGAACGUUCGCGGUUCCUUGGUUCGUGUCAGAUACCGGUCACGGAGAAGUUUCGCGUGACGAAUGUGGAAGAUAGUGGUAGAAGUGCGCUGGUAGAGAUCGAGCUACCGGACGUGAUCAAGAACAAGAAGUACUUCUAUAUGUGCGCCAAGUACGAAAGCACCGAUGCGCUAAAAAGAUCGGAAGAGAACGACCAGGAAGCUACCAAGGAUACGCCGUUCCUACAUCAGGGAUUGGAUUCGUGGAUGCGUUUGACCACAAACAAACCAUUUUUGCCAUACUGGCUGUCGAUAAUGAUCAUAUGCUUCUGUCUCAUGUUUUCUGCGCUCUUCUCCGGACUUAAUCUAGGGCUAAUGUCUUUGGAUAGAACUGAUUUGAAGAUCCUGUGCAAUACGGGCAGUGAUAAGGAGAAGCAAUACGCCAAUGCGAUCAAACCGGUGCGGGAUAUGGGAAACUAUUUGCUGUGCAGCAUUCUGCUCGGCAACGUGCUAGUCAACUCAACGUUUACCAUUCUGCUGGACAGUCUCACCUCGGGGCUGUUUGCCAUCGUUGGUUCCACGAUCGCAAUUGUAAUUUUUGGCGAGAUCACUCCACAGGCUAUCUGUUCGCGUCACGGACUCGCGGUGGGAGCUAAAACGAUCUUGAUAACGAAAGCGGUGAUGGUGCUUACUUUCCCAUUGUCGUACCCUACCUCGAAGAUACUCGAUUUUCUUUUGGGCAAAGAAAUAGGUAAUUUCUACGAUCGCGAGCGUCUCAAGGAACUGGUUAAGGUUACCAACGAUGUUAACGAUUUGGAUAAAGAUGAAGUGAACGUCAUCGCCGGUGUACUGGAGCUGCGCAAGAAAACGGUACAACAAGUGAUGACACGUCUUGAGGAUGCGUACAUGCUUUCCAUGGAUGGCACACUAGAUUUUGAAAAAAUUGCCGAAAUCAUGCAGUCAGGUUACUCACGUAUUCCCGUGUACGAUGGGGAAAAUCGUGAAGAAAUUAUCUCGAUUUUGCACAGCAAGGAUCUAGCUUUCAUCGAUCCGGAUGAUAACACACCGAUCCGCCAGAUGUGUGAGUUUUACAUGAAUCGGUUACACUUCGUAUUCUACGAUCAGACGCUAGACGUGAUGUUCAAGGAGUUCAAGACUGGUGCGUUUGGACACAUGGCGUUCGUCCAUCGGGUGAAUGCGGAUGGUGAUGGUGAUCCGUUCUACGAAAUCAUUGGUCUCAUCACGAUGGAGGACGUGCUUGAAGAAUUGAUACAGGCUGAAAUUAUCGAUGAAACGGACGUCUACACGGACAACAGAAGCAAGAUACGGCGCAAGGGUAUCAAGCGACCGGAUAUCCCCACGUUCGUGCAUCGUCCCGCUGAUACCGACGAACAGCGCCUGCGCAUUGGGCCGCAGCUAAUGUUCGCUACGUAUCAGUACAUAUCAACUGCGGUCGCAGCUUUCAAGCGCAAUGUGAUGUCAGAAACGAUGCUGAGACGUUUGUUGAAUCAAAACAUUUACCAUCAGAUCAAGAUCAAGAGCAAGGAUCGGAAAGAUCGCGUUGACAUUAUCAACCGUGGCACCCCGAUCGACUAUUUCGUGCUGAUACUUGAGGGACGUGUGGAGGUAACCGUCGGCAAGGAGGAUCUUUUGUUCGAGAGCGGCCCGUUCACUCAUUUUGGACUGCAAGCGAUUGUACAGAGCGCAAGCAACGAACAAUCGCUCAAUACACAACAGGAAAUCUUGGGAUCACUUGAAUCUAUCAAUCGGGAUGAAAGCAUUCGAGACAAUUUCACGCCCGACUACACGGUGCAAGCGAUCACUGAUGUGUUGUAUAUGCAGAUUCCACGUAAACUCUAUCUGGAUGCCAAGCGCGCUACGUUGAGGGAACGUGCACAGAAACUGGGCGAUCAAUCGAUGGAACCGAUCGACACAGAGGGGGAACAGCUAAUGCACUCGCUAGAUAAAGGCGACCAAAAUAGUUUGACGCCUGACGCUACGAACCUGACCGUCAAUUCCGGUGCGCCGGCUAGCAAAUCGUCCAGCGAUGUAGCCUCCCCGACCACGGCUUUAAAUGAACAUCGAUCACCUAUACAAAAGACACGGGAAUUGUCGCUGGGAACUCUGAAUCGGAUCCCAGCAGUGUCCCAUUGCUGCCAAAGCCAUAACCCACGGUGUUCCUCAUUGUGCUGUACUACCCUACCGUGUACAGUACCGUCAGCACAUCCGCCCAUGCAUGCACUCCAUCAUCAUCACCAAAACCAACACCGGAAACACUGUCCAAUCGAUAGGAGUGUAUCUUCCGACUGUUGGAUGACGUGCUAG